UGGAAACGAAUGGGAGCGGGGCGGGGCUUCGCUUCCGGGGGGUGGGGGGCGGUUCCUCUUCCGCUUCCGGUCCGGUGCCGGUUUGACCGCCCGCCCGCUCUUUCGCCCGGCGGCGGUUUUCCGGGAAUUUUGGUGGCAAUGGCGUUCGCUUCCGGGCGAAAUGGGGCCUCCGUCGGUGUGGGGGUUGUGGCGGCGGUCGCGCAUCGUCGUGUUUUUUUUUUUGUUUUUCCCCUCCUCUCUCGGGUUCUUUUCCCUUUCUGGGGUCCCGGGUGGGGUGGCGUAGGGGUCCUUUUCUCUGUAUUCUGUGCUGGCGGUGUUGUUUCGUUUUUAUGCCAUCUUGGGGUAUCAGAUCACCUAUGUACCAUGUUGAUAAUUGCUAUUCUUUAG